AUAACAUGUAGAUGUUAAACAGUUCUUGGUUAGUUGUGAAAAUCUGGCUGUAUUUUCUGGAUGUUUAUGGCCUGUUUAGAGGGUACAACACACGGUUCACGGUGGAGAAUCUAGAACCGAAGACCACCUACACGUUCAGACUGAAGGUCACGUGGCCGUCUGGUCAGCAGUGCUAUUACCCAUCAGUCUCUGCUUCUACAGAAAAGGAGCCUCUGAACGGGAGGAAUCUUCACAACGCAGUCCUCAGGAGUGAUGAGCUGGAGCUCUGUCGAGUGCUGCAGUCCAUAAAAGUCACAGUGGAUGUUCCUGACAAGUUGGACUUUACUCCUCUGAUGGUGGCGGUGAUGAAGGGCUUUACUAGUGGAGUUCAGAUUUUGGUCCGUCAUGGUGCAGAUGUCAACAAAAAAACCAACAGUGGCAAAGACAGCCUGAUGCUGGCAUGUUUCCACGGGCACCUGGAUGUGGUGCAGUUCCUGCGCAGCUGCGGGGCGUCCUGGAGCUCUCGGGACGGAUCGGGCUCCUGCGCUCUGCACUGGGCCGCAGCUGGAGGACACCUACCUGUCCUGCACCACCUCAUGCAGGACGGGUGUGAGGUCGAUGUGCGGGACGACGCCUCCUGGACGCCCCUCAUGAUCGUAUCGGUUAUGACCGGAGACACAGCUGUAGCUUCACUGUUAAUCACAGCUGGUGCUGAUGUUAAUGUACAGGACAGAGACGGGAAAACACCACUGAUGGUGGCUGUGCUGAAUAAUUAUGAGCAUCUAGUUAAAAUCCUGCUGGAUAGAGGAGCCGAUCCAAACAUUCAGAACCAGGCUGGCAUUAAUGCUGUGCAAAUGGCGCGCGCGUUUGAAAGGAAGAAUAUCAUCAGUCUGUUUGUGGAUAAGAAGUGAGAGAAAUGAGACAAACCACAUGUCGGUUUCAUAAACAACUUUACUAGCGCUGCCCUUUAUGCCGACCGUUAUUUGUGUGCUGCAGACAUCAACGUACAGUAUAUUAUUUCACAUUUUCUUGAUUAAUCAAAGAAUUAUCAUAAAAAAGCAGUUUACACCCGUGACACUGAAGAAAAUACGAAAAGUACGUUACAGGAGCAGAUUUACUGAGUGCGGAUACAACGUGAAUCAAAGUGAAUAAUAGUAAAUAAUAACUGAUUAAAACAAGCAAGGCAGUUAACCUAGAGACACGUGAUCAUCGUAUCAAGUCAGCGUCUAGAUCUGAACAGUCUCUGUGCGUACUGUAAUGCACUGUGUGGUUUAACACUGUAAAAAGGCAACGGGACAUUCGCGAUGUUUGCUAAUACAGUGAAUGAAGAUGAAUUUACAAUGUAAACACUGAGAUAUAAUGGCACUCAUAAGGUGUCAGAAUAAAGGCCUAAAAGACCCACGUUUGAGAUCAUAAAUGGCUCAGUGGCAACAAAUAAUAAAGUGAGAAAACUACAUUACAUACACACUGCAAAUGGAGAGCCAAAUUUGCAAAGUAUAUACAUUUUGCAUGAUUUCUUAUGAAAAUACACU